AUGAAUUAUGCUACUGAGAGCUUAAGCGUGCUGGAAGCUAUUUCUGUUGUCCCGUCUCGUCAGGAAACUGAAGAUUCAGGUUCGACAUACUGUGAAUUAUUAUGUACUGGCUGUUCAACGUCAAUUGGUCGCGUAUACAAGAGUACGCCUCACACCUUGGACCAUUUACGUGAUAAAUACACGUUCUUCACGUCCAAGUCGAAAUGUUACGAAGUGGGCAAACUGGAUAUCAUUCCUCAAGCAGUCGAUGCAGAAAUCAUCCAGGCCACUAGACCCAGUCCCGACGACGUUGCCAAACGGUUUGCAGUCCUCGAAGCGGUGGUUCUUGCUCUUCACAAGCGCAUCGAUUCGCUGACCGCAGACUCUACUGACACGGUCUGA